AUGAAGAGAACCAAGGUCGCCACCGUGGUUCACAAGUCGGCCGUCGCCGAAAUGUGGACAGAUAUAGGCAUUUUCGGGGUGGAUGAGAUUGCCUUGAUGGGGAAGUCCACUACAUUGGAGGCCUUAGUAAGACUUUGUGAUGCAGUUGAAACUUUGUACACUAGGGUCUACCUGCGCAAACCUACUCCCAGGGACCUCCAACGGCUUCUACAAAAAGCCGAAACUCGAGGAUUUCCAGGAAUGAUUGGCAGCAUCGACUGCAUGCACUGGCAAUGGAAGAAUUGCCCAACUGUCUUGCAAGGUGAUUACGAAAAUAGAAAAGGCCAAAAAAGUAUCAUCCUUGAAGCAGUUGCUGGCUUCGACACAUGGGUUUGGCAUGCCUUCUUCGGAGUUGUCGAAUCCCAAAAUGACAUCAACGUGCUGGGUCAAUCCCCGAUCUUCAACGAUGUUUUGAGAGGCCAAGGCCUCAAUAUCACCUAUCAUGUCAACAAUAUAGUCUACCAAACGAGAUAUUAUCUAGCUGACGGCAUCUACCCGAGGUGGACCACAUUUGUCAAAUCCAUUUCGAAUCCUUGA